UGUACUUCCUCAAGGGGGACUGCCUUGGUAGCUCUGGCAACCCAGUAUAAGAUUUCAGCUUCAUCACGCACGCAGGUCUGGCCAUACAUACUCAAGCGUGUAGCAUCUUAACUUGUACAAGGGAUCAAUAAUAGACAUGGCUGAUGAGGGAUACGUAGUUCGCAUAAGGGGUCUACCUUGGUCCUGCUCAGUGGAUGAAGUCCAAAGAUUUUUCUCAGAUUGCAAAAUCCUCAACAAUGGGGGUGGCAUCCACUUCACCUACACAAGAGAGGGCCGCCCCAGCGGAGAGGCAUUUGUCGAGUUGGAGACGGAGGAGGACCUGAAGAUUGCAGUGAAGAAGGACAGAGAAACUAUGGGUCACAGAUAUGUAGAGGUUUUUAAAUCCAACAAUGUCGAGAUGGACUGGGUCAUGAAGCACACUGGUCCAAAUUGUCCAGAAACUGCAGGAGAUGGGCUCGUUCGACUCCGAGGGCUUCCUUUUGGUUGUAGCAAAGAGGAGAUUGUACAGUUUUUCUCAGGGUUGGAAAUCGUGCCAAAUGGGAUAACAUUGCCGGUGGACAUCCAGGGGAGGAGUACGGGGGAGGCCUUCGUGCAGUUUGCUUCACAGGAUAUAGCUGAAAAGGCUCUAAAGAAACACAAGGAAAGAAUAGGGCACAGGUACAUUGAGAUCUUCAAGAGUAGCCGCGCUGAGGUGCGGACCCAUUAUGAACCCCAGAGAAAGCCCAUGGGUAUGCAGAGACCUGGCCCAUAUGACCGGCCCUCUGGUGGUCGCGGCUACAACAUGAUGGGCCGAGGGGGAUCCUAUGACAGGAUGCGCCGUGGAGGCUAUGGAGGAGGUGUAUCAGAUGGGCGGUAUGGCGAUGGCGGCUCCUCCUUCCAGAGCACAACAGGCCAUUGUGUCCACAUGAGGGGCCUGCCGUACAGAGCCACAGAGACCGACAUCUACAAUUUCUUUUCACCAUUGAAUCCAGUCCGGGUCCAUAUUGAGAUCGGGCCUGAUGGAAGAGUAACCGGAGAGGCAGAUGUGGAGUUUGCAACACACGAGGAUGCUGUGGCAGCCAUGUCGAAGGACAAAGCCAACAUGCAGCACCGCUAUGUGGAGCUGUUCUUGAAUUCAACAGCAGGUGGCAGUAAUGGAGCCUAUGGCAGCCAAAUGAUGGGGGGCAUGGGAAACCAGUCUUCGUACAGUGGUGGUCAGCUGAGCUCGGGGUACUCUGGAGGAUACAGCAGUCAGGGUAACAUGGGCGGCUACAGCGACUACAUUAGGUAACCAGGGCAGCAUGGGAAGCAAUUACUAUGGCGGCGGUGGAGGAGGAGGAAGCAGAGGCUCUAUGAAUGGACUUGGUGGGGGAUGGGGAAUGUAAAUUUGUAACUUUUUUUUCCCUCCCAUAAUUUGAUGUUUUUUUUUAACUCAGCAUUUGGCUGGAAGGACUGGAACAUAGUCUCACCUCAUAAACAUAGGGUAGGGUCAGGUGAGGUUGUUAGAAAAUAUUGAGGGGGUAGGGUUUGUAUUUUCUUUUUUUAAAUGGAUGAUCUCCAGAGAGAAGUGAGUUAAGAUGGUGUCAGAGAGAAGCACUGUUUGUCUUCCCCAUUCCUCCCAGAUCUGACAUACCACAGAAACCGUGCUUUAUAUUUUCAUUACAAAGAAAUGUUUUUGUGUUACCGUUCUUUAAGCACCUGGCUGUUCCUCAAAGUAAACUACUUCUGUACUGGUGGCUUUAACAUUAGUUUCAAUAUGAGUGCAUGAACAAAAAUCAGAAACUGCCCAUCUUACGUUUAGACCCCUGUUUCAUCUUUUACUUAGUGUUUAGUCUUUUUAAUUUUUGGUUAAGAUCUGAAUUUGAGACUUCUUAUGAUCCAAGCAUGUUUUGUUUUGUUUUUUUACAGUGUGACUGUUUUGCAGUUUCUCUGGAUAAGUGUUAUUUCAAAUCUCUUGACAUGAAGGUUUCUACUGCUUCAAUGCUAUUUGUAUUUUCUGUGCACAAAGUGAAUAAACUAGUCUGGAAUAUGUGAAUGAGA